AUGUUCGAUCAUCCUUGGACUAUGAUGUUUGACGAAUUUCUAGAGGUGACUCCUGUAAGAUGCAUACAGGAAAUGAAGACUAAAGUCAUCGCGGGUUUUCAGAACGACGCGGUUGACAAAGUUGAAAUCCACAAGGGUGUCAGAAAGAUUUUCGAUCCGGAAUAUGAAGAUUCCGAGGAAGAAGAUGCUCCAGUCGGUGACAAAGAUAAUGGCUUGGUUAACAGGUACGCCCAACCGGACGGGUGGGAUUCAGAUGAGACCGGUGACAACAGCAAAUUUGACAAUAAGACUGAAGACGAUGCUGAUGCUGAUGCUGAUGCUGAUGCUGAUGCUGAUGAUGAUGAUGAUGAUGAUGAUGAUGAUGAUGAUGAUGAUGAUGAUGAUGAUGAUGAUGAUGAUGAUGAUGAUGAUGAUGAUGAUGAUGAUGAUGAUGAUGAUGAUGAUGAUGAUGAUGAUGAUGAUGAUGAUGAUGCAUCCGAGGAAUCCGUCAUUAUUGUUGAAAGCACUUGGCCGACCAACAAUGAAUUUGGUGGCAGCCGAUCCGGCAGAGGUUGCCACGCUGAGACUCGCACCAUCACUGAUGAAACAGUCUCCAAAUUGACAGGAAACACAGGUGAUGAAUCUGACCCGGAAUUAGCGUCCCUGCCAAGAAAGAAAGGACGCUCUCAACGGGUGUCAAUUGAUGAACAAGCUACCGCAAUGGACAUGGAUGGAACGGACCCAAGCGUAGGUUCCCGACCCAGUGGAAAGCGGCUGCAUCCGGCGCCAAGGUUGACUAAGCCUGCUACACAGGAGCCGGCAAAAUUGAGGCCUACAACAAACUCUCCUGGAGCUAAACGGAAAUCCCAACGAACUUUGACACUGGAAGAGCGCCUGGAUGAUUUGCGCAAUGUCAAUCUGGAUGGAAUGGAAGGCAGGGCUAUGUUGGUCGAGUUGGGCAUGGUCUACAAUUACUCAGGUCAGCAGGAGGGUAACCAAUCACAUGCGUCCAUUAUCCUGAACCAUAUUUUGGACACCUUGUCCGACACACUCAAGAACACAGAAGAGACCCUCCGUAUACUACCACUUUCCGACAGGACGUAUAAGAACACGCAGAUGUGGAUUCGCAACAAAGCCGACCUUCGGCGGCUGAUUCCUGAUUACCGCGGGUUGUCACGAUACCUCGAUAUGUCCUUUGGCAACAUGUCGUACGCGUUGAUGUCGAACAAGCCGGGAGAAAAGAAGCUACGCACACGGCUGAGAGUAGGUUUUGAGGCUGAUGUGUCGUUGGAGAUGAUCCAGCAAUACCUGCAUGGAGAAUUGCAACAUCAGGGACGUGGCGCCGGAUGCUACUCAUCAGUUCUCCAGUUUGGCGACAUUGAAAAGAUUGGAGCCUUAUGUUUUUACCCUCAGGAGAUCAACAUUAAGGCCAUCGAGAAAGAACUGAUGCGUCAUUUUGGUUGGGAUAUUGUAUUGGACUACGGUACGAAUGGGUUAACAUCCCGUACAACGGACGCAGCAAGUGGAACGAAAGAGCACCAGGGUGCAUGA